AUAGAGAAGUUACUUUCUUCCGUUUUCCAUGUCAUUUCCUGUAAUAAAAAGAUGGUGGUCAAAGCCGAGAGAAGCAGCUGACUCGCUGAAAUUAUUUCAGAUUUAAAAAAAAAAAACUUUACAGUGCCUAGGACUACCAAAACAAAACUGCAUCGAUACGCGUCCUGCGACAAGCACGGCAGAGGGAAGCGUGUCGAUUACGGGACAAAUCGGGGGCCAGAAGCAGAGCCUUAGAGAGCUGCGGAUUGCGGGGAAGAGCCAGCAUGUCUGCCUGAGCUGGGAGAUUCAGGACCCCCCCUCCCCUCCCCAGGCUUGUCCCCUGCGUUAUGGCAGAGUCCACUACCACCCAGAAAGAUCUGACAUCAGAAAAUGAACCCAACUGCAGUAGGAGCCAAAUAAAGGACAAGGAGACAUAUGAUCACGAAGAGCCCAGCAAAAAGCUGAAAGUCGAGCCUCCGGCCUGUGUGGCUAUAAGCCACCCGAAAGUAGACUUCUGGUUCUGUGAAGAAUGCAAGGAGUAUUUCAUAGAGGAGUGUCCCACCCACGGACCUCCAGUAUUUGUGCCAGACACUCCCGUGGAGUUCGGGGUCCCCAACCGCGCAGCCCUCACCGCCCCCUCUGGGAUUGAGGUCAUUCAGGAGGGGGACGAAGUGGACGUGUGCUGCGUGGACAAGGAUAUCCCAAAAGGGGCUCUCUUUGGCCCCUAUCAGGGGGAAGUUGUGUCUCAGGAUAAAUCCUCAGGCUUCUUCUCCUGGAUGGUUGUUGAUGACAACAAUGUGUACAAAUCCAUUGAUGGUAGUGACGAAACAAAGGCAAACUGGAUGAGGUACGUGCGGACCUCGGCCGAGGAUGGCGAGAGGAACCUGACAGCCUUUCAACAUGGCGAGCACAUUUACUUUCGCGUGUGUCGUGACCUAGUGGUGGGCGAGAAGCUCCGAGUGUGGUACAGCGAGGACUACAUGGCACGGCUGCACAGUAUGUCCCAGGACAGCAUUAACCGCAACCUGGCCACAGGUCGGCCGGGCGCAAAGAAAUGUGAGGGGCCUCCCCAGCGAGAGACGAAGGGGCCAGUGCUCAGAUCAGCGCUGCACGGGAGGCGAACCCUCAGCAGGCAGGCCAACGAGGAGGGUGACUCCCAGCUGCAGACUAAGAAGAAGAAGAUCGACCUCAUUUUUAAAGAUGUUUUGGAAGCAUCGCUAGAAGACUCCAAAAACAUAGACAGUCCACUGAACAGCACUUUUCCCUUAAGGCGAACCAGGGGGCAGCAUGCCUCCAGCCUCCACCCCAAAAGCUUGUCGACCCAAACCUCACCCUUCCCGAAAGAGCAGGAGUACAAGCCGCCGGGGCCUGCUGCCAGCCCGGAAGGGGUGGAGGGUGAUUUGGGUCCAAGCUGUAUCAAGCUGGAGGGCCAGAAUGAUGGUCCCAGCUUGCCCUGCGAGGGGCCCUCCACCUCGUUUUGUCCAAACUGUGUGAAGCUGAAGAGGAGGAUUAAGGAGCUGGAGGCAGAGCUGGAGCGCCUGAGGGCCGGCCCUCAGGCGGAGCCUGUGAGUCACGUCCCCCCCCAGCCUGAACCGCCUCUGCUCGAUGAGCAACAAGUGGCAGAAGCCAUGACCCCGAUCCCAGUAACACUAGAUGAUGAUGACCAAGAUAUGGAUUCUGCUGAUGAGUCCAUCACUGCCGAUCUCAUGGCGACCGCAGAAGAGUCCUCCAAGCUGAUGGCCGGGCCAGGCAGACGGAUACGCCGUUUCAAGCAGGAGUGGCUGAAGAAAUUCUGGUUCCUGCGCUACUCGCCCACACUCAACGAAAUGUGGUGUCACGUCUGUCGCCAGUACACUGUCCAGUCGUCCCGCACCUCAGCCUUCAUUAUUGGCUCCAAGCAGUUCAAGAUUCAUACCAUAAAGCUGCAUAGCCAGAGCAACCUGCACAAGAAGUGUCUGCAGCUGUACAAGCUGCGCAUGCACCCAGAGAAGACUGAGGAAAUGUGCAGAAACAUGACGCUGCUCUUCAAUGCUGCUUACCAUCUGGCCCUGGAGGGCCGGCCUUUCUCCGACCUCCGACCCCUGGCUGAACUGCUCAAAAAGUGCGAACUCAAGGUGGUGGAUCAGUACAUGAAUGAGGGUGACUGUCAGAUCCUUAUCCACCAUAUCGCCCGGGCACUGAAGGAAGACCUAGCCGAGAAGAUCCGCCUGUCCCCCUUCCUCAGUGUCAUCAUGGAUGGUCAGAACAAUGACCUGCUGACAGACACAGUGGCUGUCUAUGUACAGUUCAUCACUAGUGAUGGUCCUCCUGCUACAGAGUUUCUCUCUGUGCAGGGUCUCAGCUGUUCUACAGCAGACGGGUAUCUCCAGGCUAUAGACCGGGCAUUUGCUGUGCUAGGCCUGAGGCUGCAGGAUAUGUUGAUAAUUGGCUUUGGUGUUGAUGGAUCCAGUAUCUCUUCUGGAAUGAGAGCAAACAUCUACAUUUCUAUGAGAAGGACCUUCCCUUGGGUGUUUUGUUUGCCAGUGAUGAUCCAUCGACCACACCUAGAGGUGCUGGAUGCCAUCAGUGGCAAAGAGCUCUCCUGCUUGGAGGAUUUAGAGAACAAUCUUAAACAACUGCUCAGCUUCUAUCGCUACUCCCCGCGCAUGAUGUCUGAGCUUCGGGCUACCGCGCCAACUCUCUCAGAGGAGACAGAAUUUCUUGGUGACAUACGAGCCAUCCGUUGGAUCAUUGGAGAGCCUAAUGUUUUAAAUGCCCUUAUCAAGGACUACCUAGAGGUAGUGGCGCACCUUAAGGAGGUUAGCAGCCAGACUCAGAGAGCCGACGCAGCAGCUAUCGCCUUGGCUCUCCUGCAGUUCCUUAUGGACUACCAAUCCAUCAAACUCAUCUACUUCCUCCUGGACAUCAUAGCUGUCCUCUCACGCCUGGCAUUUAUUUUUCAAGGGGAAUAUCUUCUAGUCUCCCAGGUGGAUGCAAAGAUUGAGGAGGCCAUUCAGGAAAUAGGGCGGCUCGUGGACUCCCCGGGGGAAUAUCUGCAGGAGUUUGAGGAGAACUUCAGGGAGAGCUUCAAUGGUGUUGACCUGAAGAACCUGCGAGUGGCUGAGUCCAAGUUCCAGUCCAUCCGAGAAAAGAUCUGUCAGAAGAGCCAAGGUAUCUUAGCUCAGCGCUUCGAUGCACGUAGCCGCUUAGUUGUUAAAGCUUGCCAGGUCCUGGACCUAGCCACUUGGCCACGCAACAGGGAUGACCUUCGAGUCUAUGGUGAGGAAGAGAUCUUGCUCAUCUUUGACCACCUGGAGGCCGUCCCUUUAGCAGACCGAGAGGUUGCCUAUGACAAGGCAGAUGAGAGGGGCAGCUUAGUGGUUGAGUGGAGGGACCUCAAGGCAGAUUACUACAGCAUGAAUGGCUUCAAGGAGGUUGCUGGUCACAUCUGCCGAUACAAGCAGCGCUUUCCCCUUCUGAACCGGAUAGUGCAGAUUGUCCGGGUCCUGCCUACCUCUACGGCCUGCUGUGACAAGGGGAGGGUGUCUCUGCAGAAGGUGAGGAGGAACAAUCGCUCGCGGCUCACACUGGACCAAGUGAAUGACCUGCUGUUGCUAGCUGUCAAUGGGCCACCUAUCGCCAAUUUUGACAGCAAGCGCUCACUGGAUAGCUGGUUUGAGGAGAAGUCGGGGAACAGCUACUCACUGUCCACAGAGAUGUUGAGCAGGAUGUCAGCAUCUGACCAGAAGUCUCUUCUGCAUGGCAUAGAUACAAACACAGAGUUUUAUCCAGACAUGUGACUGGAAGUAUAGAACCACUUAGUCCAAAAAGCCAUCCCACAGAGGUGUCACAUGACCCCAAGAUUAUUUUGUUGCUGCUAAGAUAUGAUUAUCUUGUGUUAUGAGUGAAAACCAGUUAGUAAAGUUCUGUGUUAGUGUGUAGUUUAUGCAAAAGUUACAAACACAAAUAUUCAGAUAUAUAAAUGUUUAUUUAUGUAUUUACACUGCAGAUAUUAUACCUGCUCAAAGGAAAUUCAUUUAUCUAUGAAUCGUAGAAGAAUGAAGGUAUUUUAACUUUUUCAGAGCAGAUUUUUAAAGAUAUAGAUUUUUAUAUAAAAACAUUGUAUAUUCAAUUAUGAGAUGCACCCUUUAUAAAAUGGAUCACAGUAGUAAAAGCUGAUAGUAAAUUUAAACUCAGCUGAGGUCGGGGCGAGGGGGGGGGGUGUCAAAGCCUUGUUUUGUAACUCUCAACCAGCCAAGUAUCUACCAAUAUAAUGAAAAUGUACUUCAGUGACUAAGUGACCACUUCAAAGUUGGAUCUCACAUCCUGCCUAAACAAUAAGUAAGCUUUUUUGGUCAAUAUUGAGCAGGUGUUUGAUUAAGCUCAUAACAAUUUAACAGAUGUGGCAUGUGGCACUAAUGAAUUUGCCACGUCAGUGUCAAGCAUGGUCUUCAUAACCACUUGCACACUUAUUUACUUUUUAGUGAGUUAUAUAUGUUGAAACACUCAGACAUUUUGAGAAAUUGCACUUUGAGUAAGGCUGGUCAAACUAGGAGUGAUUGUUAUCCAGUCUGGAAAAAAAAUGCUACAGUCCCGACUGUCGGGGCACAACAGUUUUUUUUUAAUUGUAUUUGUUACCAAAAGAUGUGGCUAAAUAAGCAAGAUAUGGUGCCACAUUAAGGUAUAAAUCAACCAAGGAAUGUCUCUUGUGGUUGUCAAAGUAAUAUCUGGUGUGUGGUACUGUUAAAUGUCUCAUUUUUAAGUUUCGUAAUCAUGCUGCAUUUGUUUAUGCUCAAGCAAUGUUUAAAAGCCAUAUGGGGUUGUACACGUUCCUGUAACUCAUUCAGAAUGUUAAAUCUGUGCUGAAAAUUGGUGUAUAUGCAGCCUGUUCUUAUUGUAUAUAUAACAUAUAUACAAUAUAUUAUAUAAUAUAUACAAUAUAGUAUAUAUAUAUAAUUUGCUUUACAUUUGUUUUUGAUAAGCCUUCGAUAUCGUGAUAGUACUCUUAAUGGUAAGCAAUUACUUGUAUAACAGUCGAUAGGCUCAAUCUGAUAAUCACCUUCCAAUGUAAUAUUUAUAGAAAGAUUUCCUCUCACUGAUAUGCUGGAUAAAAAUACUUUUUUUCGUAUGUGAUCAGUUUUGCUCACCAUUCCAUUUAGUUUACACACCGUCUUCCCAUUAUAUUUGGUGGUGUGAUAUCAGGCCACAGCUGAGACCAACAUGAGCCAAGUAAUGGAAAUUAUUGUGCCUGCUAUUCCUUGGUCGUUGUAAUACAGACUGCAACUAAGAUAGGAUUGAGAUUACAAGGAUACAGUGUGUGUUUAGGAGGGAUGUAACGGUGCACAGAAUUCACAGUUCAGUACAAACGUUCACGUUUUUGUGCAGUUUUGGUGCAGAAAACAGAAUUUGUUUUGAAAUUAUUUAUUAUAAAAAUUGCACACAACACACAAUUAGGAACAGCUGCAAUCCGAAGGCAAUGUGCCUGUCAACAUGUCUAUAACAAAAAAGAUGCUUAUUUUCACUUCGGAAAAACAAAUAUUUUAAAAUAAAAAUUUAAAAAACUAUAAUAUCAUAACCAUAAGGAACUAAAUCACACGUUCUCUACUACAGAGUAUGGCCACAUAUCUGUAGUGAUAAAUACCUUACAGCUGUUUAUCAGCAAAGUCAGAAUUUCCUCAAAAAAGUGCAUAAGUGCCACAGGAAGACUCACUUGCUCCGGUCAUACAUGUACACUAGAUGAUGUCGUCUUAGAUGAGUUAGAUGAGCAUGUUUGCUUGUGUUUCCAGCAACACAUCCGAGUUUGGGAUAACAAAACCAACAGACAGUCUUGAGUGUAAGGGUCCGCAAAGCAAGAUUUCUCUGUUAGCUAGGUUAACUUAAGCUAGAAGUCAUGAUUGUCCAACAUGAGUUUAAGUAUGGACUAAUCCUAUUGGACAAUCAUGAUUUCUAGCUUAAGUUAACCCAGCUAACAGAGAAAUCUUGCUUUGUGGGACACCCCCUUCGUCUUAUCAACUACUUUCACUCUGGAGUUGCUGAAAUUGAUUGGGAAACCUAGGGUGACCGCGUAAUCCAUCUACCACCCAGCAGAGCUUAGGUGCAGCCCUAAUUUAACACACCUGCUACAGAUAUUCAGACCCAUCAGAAGUAUUAUAUUAUUAGAGCCAGCUAUGCUCUGCUGGAUGGUAGAGCUCCAGAAACUGCAAAGAGCACUGCAGCGAUAAUGCAUGUCAAUGAGGACACUUUGAGGUAGGAUAGAAUUAAUAAACUACCAUUUCAAUUAAAAGGAUUUCACUUAAGCACUGAGUUCCUGCUGUGUGUAGAUUAGUCAGUCUCCAAUAGUCUUGCAUGUGUCACUAAAAUGUUACUUAAUGUGAAACAAAUCGAUGACUCUAUAAAUCAAGAAAACAAACUAGUUAGAGCACAAGAAGGACUGAACUAUUUAGCCAUGUAUAGGGACCUUUCAUUUUUAAAGUAGUUUGUAAAACCUGAAGUAGCUCAAAGUGUCCUCCCUGACAUGGAUAAUAUGGUCUCUCUAGGGAAACCCAAAUGUUCCCAAAUGUUCCCAGCAUUAGCAAUAACCAACUCACAGCCACUAUUAUCAUAAUGUUGUGGAACAUGUACUGUACUUGUGAGUCUGGUUCUGCCCAUGUCAAUAAGUGUAUUCAUUCCGUUUAUUGUGCAGAAAAUGAUGUAACAAACUGUACAUGAUGAAUGCAUGUACCGUUACAACCCUAAUAUUAAGUCAAAAUUACACAUUCAGAUAAAAUGUAGCUGCAUACAAUCUAUGAAAAAAAUGAAAUAACUUAUCUUUUAGCCUAUUAUUAUCUAGGCAGAGGGUGGGGAGCAGCCCUAAUGACAGCUCCAUGUGGUAUUAUAUGAGAGGCCCUGUUUUCAAAGAACUGAUAAAAUGUUAGCAUUUCAUUACUCGUAACCUAAAUUGGGUGUUGGGAGGCUGUUUUGAGAGAGAAAAAAAAAUCAGCUCAUGCAUAUUCACUUUGCAGAUAAAGCUAACUUUGCUUAAUCGGCAUAACUUUUUGUAGGGUAUCUUCCCUAAAGUUUUGUCAUACUCUGUAUGGUCAUUAACUUUUAAGCUGUGACCAAGAAUGCUUCUAUGUUAUUUCUGCAUGGCUGAGAUAAUAGUUUGUGGUUUGUCAAGCCCAGAAUCCUCCUAUAGUCUUUUUUUAUACUUCUAAUUUAAUUAAGUAGGGAUUUUUGAGAAUUGGUCUAACUUUGAGAAUGCACUUAAACAUGCAGCGAUGCAGUCAGCUUCCAAGUCUGUAAUUGAGCCUCUGUAUGAGCUACGUAUGUAUGUAUGCAUGCGGGGUUCAGUGGGAAUCUCCAAGCAAACAAUUUUAUUUGCCAGUGGCUGGAUUCACUGUAAUGUUACGAUAGAACUGAGAAGAGUUGAUCUGAUAAGUAUAGCCAAGAAAUAUUUAGUAAAGUGUAUUGUACAUGCGUACAUGGAGAAAAACACGUAUGCUGUACCUGCCUCUAGAGAUUUUAAUGACAAUUUUUAUAAUAAAUAUUGUGUGUGCAUGGGAAAUAAAUGUUUGAUAUUUAGUAGCAGGGACAAGUCAUUAAAUGUCAAGCUUUUUAUGCCAAGAUUUAAAGCUAAAUGAUGAAAUGUAUUCUCUAGAUACCAUCCAAAGGCAUAUUUAUUCACAUUUCCUCCUCUCCAUGAUGGUUUUUGCUAAAUAAAUACAUUCAUUUUCUUUGGCAAUUGCAAGGUUUGUCUGAAGCGUGUUAAACCAUGGCGUGUUAAACGUGGUGGCAUUCUUUAAAGGUCAAUUUUUAAUAAAUACGUUAAUUUAGAAAGAAAAUAGAAAACGAAAAAAGGUUAAUAAAGAGGUUCAGCACGUACAAAACCUAUGUUGUUUUGUCCCUGAAAACAAUACAGUAGGUUGGUGUGGUGUUUGUAGAGGCCAAGGAGAAAAAAAUAAGUAUGUUUUUGGAUGAAGAGUCAGUCACCUCACAGUGAGGUACGCAUUAGCAAUGAAUAAGCUCACCUUUUUAUAGGGAGUAUCUAAAAAAAUGCUAUGCUCAGUCACUUUGCUUUGCUUAUUCAGUAAAGAAUACAAAUCCUUUUGAAUCAAUGGUAUAUUUGGUUUUGUUGGGACUGUUUCAUUUUUUAUUUUAGUGUAAUGAAAAUAUACUCUUAAUCGAAUUUUAUCAAGUGCACAAGUUACUCCAAGCUUUGUCAUUUUGAAUGCUAAUGUCAAUAAGUAUUCUUUCUGUUGUAACCAGGUUUUGUCUAUGUUAAGUGGUAUAUAUCUGCUUGUAAUGUCUAUAUUGUAGAUGCAUUUAUAGUUUAUUGGUUUUGUUACAGUGUUUUUACCCUGUCUUACUCCUCUGUGAAAAUUGUCAAGGCCAUUUUGCAAGUUUAUCCUGUCUGUGACCCUGUAUUACACCUAAGUUGCUAAAGAAAAAGAUAAUGGAUGAAAUUGCAAUUCAGUGCUAAACUUCAUCAACCUCCUCUUCUUGAAUUCGCUUUAACUUUCUUAUUUGAUACCUUUUAAGAAGUGAGCUUCUCGAACCAAACAUAUAUUCCAAAAUGGAGGCACUUUUACUGACAAAAUAGAGAUAAUAUCAUAAAUGCAUAAGUUGUAUUGGUUAUUGUACAAUGACAUAUGAAAAUAAUUAUGUUCGUUUUAAUGUUGACUGGGCCUGACUUGGCAUGUCUGUAAGGAACUUUUUAGCUGUGAAUGGUUCAAACUUUUUUCUGCACUUAUUUUCUUGUUUUGUAGAGGGAGUAUGUGGGAUAUUGAAAAUAUGUACACAAAUUUCUAUGCUACAUUUCAAUAGUACCUGUUUGAAAUACAAAAAUAUUUAACACUGGAGAAAUAUUAAGCUAUAUAUAAGAUAUAAACAAACACAUGUAUGAUACAUAAACCUACUCAAAGUUACAGUGUUACGUUAUCUCUAUCAAACAAGUAUUAAUAAAACUUGAUACGUUUUGUAUUAUA